AUGACAACUCCAAACAGCAAUGAAAGUGAUGAUUCCUUGGAUACAAAUAAGGAUGGGGAAGGAUCUGUGUCGGCAGCACAAAAUGAGAAUGGAAAUGCCGAUGAAUUGUUAUCAAUCUCUCUUAUAGAAAAGCUUAAAAAGGGGUCAGAUCCAUUUUCAGUUCAUCGUUGCAUAUACAAAAUCCCUAACGUGCUACGCAAGCAAAAUGAAAAAGCUUUCAUUCCAUCCGUAGUUUCAAUCGGACCCUUUCACCAUGGAAAGGAGAACCUAAAAGGCAUGGAAAAAAUUAAGCUACAUUACUUGCGUUCCCUCUUAAUUGACCGAAAGCCACCUCUGGAAACCAAGAUGGAGGAUCUUGUCAAAGGCAUUCGACCUAUAGAAAGUGCUUGUCGAGAUUGUUAUGGGGAAAAAGUAGAUCUUAGCGAUGACGAAUUUGUUGAAAUGAUGGUGAUCGAUGGUUGCUUUAUUCUUGAAUUCUUACGCAGGUGUACUGAAGAAGUUUCUCCAGUCGAUGGAGAUCUAAUAUUUUCUAAUGCAGGGAUCCUUUGGGAAGUUAUGAAUGACUUGCUUCUACUUGAAAACCAACUUCCUUGGAGAGUUCUUGAAUGCUUAUUUGACCUCACCGGCGAAUCAGCAAUGUUUCCGUUACCUAUGUUAAUUCUCAAUGUCCUUAAAUCAUACGUGCUGCUACAAUCCCCAAAGCCUAGUGGAAAAUUGAAAAAUAGGCAUUUACUUGAUUUCAUCAGAAACUCUUUACUUGGAUCAUACGAGCAAAGCCAGUCUGACGACGACUCAAUAGUUUCAGACUUGAUUCCAUCUGUAACGGUACUUCGUCAAGCUGGAGUCAAAUUUGAAUGUGGGAAGGAAGAAGAUAAUAGCAUGCUUAACAUAACUUUCAAAAAUGGUGUGCUGGAAAUCCCACCAAUACUAGUACUUGAGGAGAACAGAGAAUCUCUGUUUGGAAACCUCAUUGCCUACGAACAAUGUCAGCCUUCCUUAGGAUAUCAAAUCACUUCUUAUGUUGUGGUCUUGGAUAACCUUAUCAAGUCGAAUAAAGAUGUCGAGUUUCUGGUUGAGAAAAAAAUCAUGCGAAAGAUUCUCAGCAAGGACGUGGCAUGUUUCUUCAGUAGAGUUUACAAAGACAAUAGACUCUACAAUUUCGAGUAUCUGGAACUCCAAAAGCAGGUGAACACGUUUUGUGCCGGUGGCUGGCACAAGUGGAAAAUGAUUCUCAGACGUUAUUAUUUCAAGAACCCUUGCUCAAGUUGCUCAAGCUCAUCAUGA